AUGAAUGUAACGCUACGCUCACUGAAGGAUGAGGAGGUGCAGAAGGACAUAACAGUGCGCAGACUGAGCGACUACUUUGAUUUUGGCGUCGUACUGGCCAUUUACUCCACCGACGCUGCAAUUGCUUGGGGAUUCGAUGAACACGCGGCUUGCAGCUGGAAUUAUUCUAACGAAACCGACGUGAAAAGUAUAAUUGAGAGAGAAUUUUACGCUGUGAAGAGUGACCAAAGACUGCAUGUUGACUUGACGUUUUAUCCAAAAGAAGAAGGACUGCAAACGGCUUUACUGAUGCCAUGUUGGAAACAAAAACGAGCUGCGUUCGGAUAUCCUGUGAGUGCCGAAAAUUUCGUGCCGUAUCCGAUGAUGGACCCAUUGCUGCAUGUGGAUGCUGCAAUAGCGUUUCAAAAUCCAUACGGAUAUCUGCCGGGACUAUUGUUUGGGCUGUAUGUAUUCAACGGAGUUUUAUCGUUGGUAUAUGGGGCACUAGAUGUUUACUUUUUGAUAUUGAUCAAUCGCCACCGCCAUAGCGUCGUUGGGACGCACUUCUUCCUGCUUGUUGUCUUGUUGCUCUCAACAGGCGAAUCAGUGGUGUGGUUCGUAACGUAUAAGCUUUUAAAUGCGUCCGGUGUGCCUGUUUGUUGCCCAUACCCAGACACGGUGCUCUUUUCAACUUUUGUAAAGGUCCUUGCAGGAAUGGUGGCGCGUAUUGCUACAACGCUGGUCAGCUUAGGCUACGCUGUUGGAGCACUUGAAGUAAGCCAUCUUGCCAAUCAAUCAGAAGGUGAUGUGCGACCUCCUGCUGUCUGGGAAGCGCUCGUUAUUAUGACCAAUGGAUGCUUUGGAGGAUGGAUUUUCAUGUCACUCAAGCUUACACGAAAAAAUCUAGCCGCUUUUGGCCAGACGGCUAAACUGCAGAUAUACGCUUCUCUUAAUCGUAUUUUGGUCGCAUACGUGGUCAUCUCAUUUUUUUUAAUGGCUCUUGAAGGGGCUAUCUAUUCAGGCUCAGUGUGGGUACCGUGGACGUACAUAUGGAUGGUGUGGGCAGCAACUCGCCUCUUCUUUUUCGGGAUAUUGCUUGUAGUAGUGUAUUUAUGGCGACCAACCGAGCAUGGCCUACUUUAUGCCCAGAUGGAUCAGCUCCCUAAUCGGGAACCAGUCACGCCACAAUCCCGUGGUAUUGAACUAAAUCAGCGUGUUGCCUCAGCAACAGAUGACGAAAACUCAACACCUUUCGAGGCCUCUUCAAAUGCAGAUUUUCCAGCUUGCGGCAAAACUGCUCCGACAGUCGAGUCAUUGUAA